UUAACUAAGUUUAAUCUUUUUUUUAAUAAUUUCAGAUGCCAAUCUUUGAAAUUAAUGAACAUGUAAAAAGUACGUCAUGUAAGUUUGGAAAAUCCUGGGAGGAUUUGAGCUACCAAGUAGUUGGUAGAAACAAAAUAAAUGAAGUCACAGCCACGAGUCGCCACUAUGUUGACCGGCUUUUCGACCCCGACCCACAGAAUGUGCUGCAAGGAGUCAUUGACAUGAAGAAUGCUGUCAUCGGAAACAACAAACAAAAAGCUAACUUGAUUGUUUUGGGAGCUGUGCCGAGACUGCUUUAUCUUCUCCAGCAGAGUUCAUCCAGUCUGGAGUUAAGGACUGAAUGUGCGGUGGUGUUGGGCAGUCUGGCCAUGGGCACAGAGAACAACAUCAAGUCCCUGGUGGACUGUCACAUCAUCCCGGCCCUGCUGCAAGGUCUCUUGUGUUCUGAGCUGAUCUUCAUUGAAGCAUGUCUGCGCUGUUUAAGAACUGUUUUCAUCAGUCCAGUAACACCAGUGCAGCUGUUAUACACAGACCUCACUGUGAUCCCCCACCUCAUGUCUCUGCUAAGCCGAUCACAGCACACGCAGGAAUACAUCACGCAAAUCUUUGCUCACUGCUGCAAGACUCCAGAACAUCAGACAGUUUUGUUCAACCACGCUGCCAUCCAGAACAUUGCUCCUCUGCUCAUCUCUCCAUCCUAUAAGGUACGAAUGCAGGCGUUAAAGUGUUUCUCAGUCUUGGCCUAUGAGAACACUCAGGUGUCCAUGACACUGGUGAAUGUGCUAGUAGAUGGAGAGCAGCUCUCUCAGGUUUUUGUCAGAAUGAUGCAAAGGGACAAACCCAUAGAAAUGCAACUUACAGCUGCCAAAUGUUUAACAUACAUGUGUCGAGCAGGAGCCAUCAGGACAGAUGACAACUGUAUUGUACUAAAGACUCUGCCGUGUCUGGUGCGGAUGUGCAGUAAAGAACGGUUACUAGAGGAGCGGGUGGAGGGGGCGGAGACGCUGGCCUACCUGAUGGAGCCGGACAUAGAACUGCAGCGGAUCGCCAGUGUCACUGACCAUCUUGUAUCCAUGCUGGCCGAUUACUUCAAAUACCCCAGCUCUGUCAGCGCCAUCAAUGAUUUUAAAAGGUUGGAUCAUGACCUGAAACAUGCACAUGAGCUCAGACAGGCAGCGUUCAAACUCUACGCCUCGCUGGGGUCCAACGACGAGGACAUCAGGAAAAAAAUCACAGAGACGGAGAACAUGAUGGACAGGAUUGUUAGCGGCCUAUCAGAAUCCAGUAUCAAAGUACGGUUAGCAGCAGUCAGAUGCUUGCACAGUUUAUCGCGAUCCGUACAACAGCUAAGAACGAGUUUCCACGAUCACGCAGUAUGGAAACCGCUAAUGAAGUUAUUACAGAACGCACCAGAUGAGGUGCUGGUGAUGGCCUCUUCAACACUAUGCAACUUACUUCUGGAGUUUUCCCCCAGCAAAGAGCCUAUCUUAGAGUCUGGGGUCAUUGAGUUACUAUGCAGCCUCACACAAAGUGACAGUCCAGCGCUGAGGGUCAAUGGCAUCUGGGCUCUCAUGAACAUGGCGUUCCAGGCAGAUCAGAAGGUAAAGGUGGAGAUUGUUCGCGCACUGGGCACAGAACAGCUGUUUAGACUCUUAUCUGACCCUGAUACCAAUGUGCUCAUGAAAACACUGGGGCUGCUUCGAAACCUGCUCUCUACCAGACCACAUAUAGACCAGAUCAUGAGCUCACAUGGAAAGCAGAUAAUGCAAGCGGUCACUCUUAUCCUGGAGGGAGAACACAGCAUAGAGGUCAAAGAGCAGACUUUGUGCAUAUUGGCCAACAUCGCUGAUGGAAACACUGCCAAGGAACUCAUUAUGACUAAUGACGAUAUGCUCCAAAAAAUCAAAUAUUAUAUGGGUCACUCCAAUGUGAAGCUGCAGUUGGCCGCCACCUUCUGCAUCUCCAACCUCAUCUGGAAUGAGGAAGAUGGCUCACAGGAGAGACAAGACAAACUGAGGGAGAUGGGCUUUGUUGAUAUCUUACACAAACUCACCCAGGUGUCAGAUCCCAACCUCUGUGACAGGGCAAAAACAGCAAUGCAGCAGUACUUGGCAUGACCUCGGAGGACGGUGCGACGUGCCCUAACAACUCCAGGAGCAUCUCCUGUGCUUUUGUUUUAGAUUUGCAUUUCUUUUUUGCUCUUCCCAUUUUGUUUCGUUGCACAAGACACCUUUUGUUGUGGAGACUCCCCAAACAACUCAAAUCAGAGACUCGGUUGCCAGGGGCCACAGCACCGUUUGGGCUUUCAGCUACUUUGGCUUAAUGUUUUCUGCUGAUCUCUUGGGACUAUUUUUGUUUGUUUGUUUGUUUGUUUUGGACUUAACGUGAAGGAAAACUUCCUCAGUGUGUUGCAGCGCCACCUGGUGGUUUGGAGACUUGGACGCUUUGGACUCCCUUAGGAGAAAGCUGACUGACCUCUCAGUGCUAAGCUUAUAGGAGCUCAGUCUCCUUAUUUUGGUUUGCUGAUUUACUAUUGAUGAUAUUAUUAUAACAAUUAUUGUUAUUAUUAUUUUAAUUUGGACACAAGGAGAGGUUAGAAAAAAGACUGUUUUUUUUGUCGAUACAUACCUCGUAAAUAUAUAUAUAUAUAAAUAUAAAUAUAUUUUUGGGAUUUUUAAUUUACCCUUUCAGGUUGUUUUUCCCCUUUGUAUUUUCCUCUGUGUAAUAUAGGCUAAUUUGGGUAUAUGUGGAGAGGCAGCAUGUUGGGUUAUAUACCCGCACAGAGCAUUUAAUAGAAACUAUUCAACCCCCGAAAAGUUUGUUUGCUUUAUCACUGGAUAAUAUUUUUUACUCCCUCCCUUUACAAAAAUGAAUCUCACAAAACCUCAUCAUAACACCAUCUUUAUGAAGCUCAAUAGUGAAUGUUUCCACUCAAAUAUAUGCAGGCCUCUGCCAUGGAGCA